AUGUGGAGUCAACUGUCAUAUAUUGUUCUUUUUCCAGUGGAGUUUAUAUUGAGUAUUUCACUUAGUUACCUCUAUUGUAAUCCCUGGAGGAAGUUGAAGCAAAAUUCAUGUGUCUUGGAGUCGGCUUUGUCCACGGGGCUUGAAAGCUGUGCUUUGAUC